AUGGCCCACAGGGCUCGAGCCAUGUCGAUCAACCAUUUGCCUGACGACCUUCUUUCCAAAAUUAUCUCACUUGCCGCCACCGCCGCCACCGCCGCUGCAGAAUCGACAUCAGAACUUGGCGGCACGGAUAACGGCCAGACUGGCGAGACAAACUUCACGGAUAUCCCCAAUUUUAGCAACCUCGCGGUGGUUUGUAAGCGAUGGUUGUUUCUGAUGACGACCCUCCGCGUCCCUGGCGCUUUUAAGUCAGACUCCCCCAAACUCCGCGGUACCGAGAAGCUCGCGAUGGCGCUUUCCGCCCCCACGAUCUCCGCGCCCGCGCUUUUCCGCACGCCGGCGCUCGCGCCGAGCGUUACGGCGCUUUCUCUGGAAGCAUACGCCGUCGAUAUUUACGACGACGAGUUUCUGUCUAGCCUGCUUUCCGCGCGGCCUCGGCUCGCCCGCCUGAGCAUCGGCUCCCCCCGCUUCACCGGAACGCCCCACUUUCGAAUCGGCACAGAAUCUGUCGAGAAUUUCUUCCGCGUCGCGUCGUCGCGCCUGGAGGAGCUCUCGCUGCGCGAAUGCCUCGGCCACACAACGAAGCUCCCUGCCUCCGCCGCGUUGCUGUCGUCGCUGCGCGUGUUCCACCUGUGCUCCAAGGUUCUGCGCUCGCUGCCCGACGAGAUCUGCCAGCUGUCUGCCCUGCAGGAACUUUAUCUCACCUGCCCGUUGCUGCAGCAGCUGCCCGGAAAAAUUGGCCAGCUAACGAGGCUGGAGCACCUUUCGUUUACGGGCUGCAAAGAAAUGCGGCACCUGCCGGAUUCGCUCGGCGAUCUCUCGUCGCUCACCUCUCUCCACAUCGACGGCGCGUGGCAGGUGGAUCGCCUCCCGCCUCGCAUCGGCGCGCUGCAGCAGAUGCGGCGACUGGACCUGCGGAAUUUCCGAGGCGGGUUACCAGAGGCAUGCGAAAAUUGGGCGAAACUCGAGCAAUCGCUCCCGGCCAACCUGCCCUUCGCGACGGCAUUGCGUCAUCUAACGCUCGAUCGUCUCGGUUUCGACGUGUCCCUCGAGCCGCUAAGCGGUCUGGUAGCUCUAGAGCGGCUGCACGUGUCAAGCGUCGACCGGGAGGAGCGCUUUCACGAGGCUCUCUUCGCGCUGCCGUCCCUGGCGCACGUGAAAUUGCGCAAUGUCGGGUGGCUCGAGCCGCCCGACGUGACGGAUAUGGAGAACUCGAGGGAGGUCGUCGCCGCAGCGGACACAGCCGCCGCAGCGGACACAGCCGCCGCAGCGGACACAGCCGCCGCAGCGGACACAGCCGCUGCCGCAGCAGCCACUUUCGCAGCAGCAGGAGGUGCGGCAGGUGAUACCACUUACCACACGGAGCUCGGCCCGUCUCUGAAGAAUCUCAGUAUCCGCCUGGGCAGGACUCUUGAAGAGAUGCUAGGGUACGGCAGGCAAGGCAGCCAUACGCUCUCCUCUCGUCUCUGCUCGCUGCUCUCCCGCGCGCACCUCUCGAUCGACUGGCUCUCCGCCUCCGCCAGACUCCCUUCCAACCUGGGUUCCCUGCACAACCUGCGCUCUCUCUCCCUCCGCGGCACCUCGCUCUGCCUCCCAUACUCCCUCUCCCACCUCGCUUCGUGCCUGCACUCCCUCAAGCUGCACUACAGCGGCGCCAGUGACGCGGACGCCUUUCACCGGAAUCUGCCGCCCUGUCUCCCGCUUCUCACCUCCCUCACAAACCUCCACCUUCACAACAUGUACCUGCCGUUGUCCCCUCCGCUUGCCUUUGCCCGCCUACGCGCUCUCCGCACACUACGCAUCGAGUAUGACAUCACCUUCCCCAGCCACGUGUCCUUUCUAGAAGACCUGGGCCAGCUGUCAGCCUUGGAGUGGCUGGAGCUGAAGUACUGCUCCAUAAGUCCAGGGCUUCCGCAGUCACUCUGUGACCUGGGCUCUCUGCGGCGGUUGUACCUCGGCAGCAAGACUCUAAAGCACCUGCACACGGCAAUCUCUAGGCUGUCGCACUUACAAGAGCUAACGAUAUCCUGGUGUUACAGAAUGGAAGCUUUGCCUCCAGGGCUUGGCUGCCUGGGAGCACUACAGAAGCUGAGUAUCAGUGGCGCGUCGGGGGAUUACCUUCCUGACACUCUGGCCGGCUUAUCUUUUCUCGAGGAGGUGUCUUUGGAUCAAUGUUCUGACGGGUUGAUUUUUGAGUCGACUCAACGAUCAAUGUUCUGA